AUGAUCCGAUCUGAGGGCGAGGAGUGGGCUGCUGCCCAGACGACCGACUCUCUGACCCCUGUUACCUCACUGACCACUGUGUUUCCGGAGUCUUUGGAUGAUUCUGAAGUGGCUGGAGUUUGUGCAACAGAAGAAGUGAUUCGCUAUGAAUAUCAUGUCUUGUACUCCAACAGCUACCGAGUGCCUGUGCUUUAUUUUAGGGCAGGCUUUUUAGAUGGAAGACCUUUAACUCUGGAUGAAAUAUGGAAAAGUGUUCAUGCAUGCUACCAAGCUCGUCUGCUGGAGGGGCCCUGGGACACUAUUACACAGCAGGAGCACCCUUUACUUGGACAGCCAUUUUUUGUUCUGCAUCCCUGCCGGACUAGUGAAUUCAUGUCUUCUGUACUGACCGGUUCACAGCACAGGCACACAAAUUACAUUAUAUUGUGGCUCAGUACUGUAGGCCCAGUUGUGGGUCUAAAUCUGCCCCUGAGUUAUGCAAAACUAGCGCCCAUGCAGAAUACAAAUGCUGAUUCAGUUGAAAG